GUCACACCAUUGACGUCUUACCCAUAUAGACCCUGCAAGUCAUUCAUAAGUCCGCCGUUUGUUAUGUUCACGAACCUGAGUGGCGGGAAAUACCAACUUUCAUUCACUAUUUUAUCAAACUGGCCCCAGGCUUGGAACAGCACAAGGAUCAAGGUCAACUACGGAAUUCCCACCAUAGGCGUAUCACAAUGUAGGCCAUGAAGGGCUAUAAAAGCCAAUAAAUUUCUCAGUAUAUUGGAGGUACAAAAAACGUCUUUCUUGUAGGUAUACUAUUAUUAAGGUGACCAUAGGUCCCACUUUCGGACUCUGUCC